AUGAAACUGACCAGUCCUGCCAGACUCCAGAUGGCCAGCUGGCUGUACCGAGUUACAGAGGUGGCAUUGGAGGAGAUAUUGUCAGCCUCCAUCCCCUCAUCCAGUGAAGAGCGCGCGUGGAGCCGCGGCAGAAUAUCCACACGGCUCUGGAAAGCGGACACCCUUCUUUACGCGCCUUCUCCCAUCCCGACUGCGCCCGCAUCUCUCCUCCGUCUCCUCCUCUCCCCACUCUGUCCUGACAGAGACUGCUUCUCUCCUCUCCUUCGCUCCGUGCGCACGCUGGAGGUCAGUAGUGACGCGUCCCGAAGAACAAGUGUGCUUCGCCACAGACCAGACUUUACCAAAGCUGAAAUAGCUCUGUCGUUGAGAGACACCCAGCGCAUUGCUUUGUUUGUUCACAUAACUGCUGAUCUUCGCACUUCCACUGUGUCCUUGAUAGAGCUGUCCCUGAGCCGCAGUCAGCCGAGGGUCAAGAACGGCACAUUGAAAUAUGGUCAGUCUUUGGCUUAUCUGGUUUAG